AUGUUCAGGUUGGUCGUCACCCUUAGCCUGUUGCUUCAGUUUGCACUACACCCGGUUGCCCAUGAUGCAAGUGUAGAGGAGGAUGAAGGAGUUCUUGUACUUACAAAGGAUAAUUUUGACGACACGGUAGCAGCACAUGAGUUUAUUCUGGUUGAGUUCUAUGCACCAUGGUGUGGACAUUGCAAGGCCUUGGCACCUGAAUAUGCAAAAGCAGCGCAGUUGCUAAAGAAAGAGGAGAGUCCAAUCAAGCUUGCAAAGUGCGAUGCGACCGUACAUGGUGAACUUGCUUCAAAGUACGAGGUGCGUGGUUAUCCGACUCUGAAGUUAUUCCGUUCUGGUAAACCACAGGAAUAUGGUGGUGGACGAGAUGCAGCGUCCAUCGUCGCUUGGCUAAAAAAGAAGACAGGUCCAGCAGCUAAAACCAUACUCUCAGCUGACGAUGUAAAAGACUUCCAGGAAAACAAUGAAGUGUGCGUCAUUGGCUACUUUAAGGAUACUGAAAGCAUGAAUGCAAAAGUUUUUCUGGAAGUGGCUGCUGGAUUCGAUGAUAUACCAUUCGGUAUCACCACGGAAAAUGAUGCAGCAAGACAAAUAGAAUUGGAAAGUGAAGGCGUUGUGUUGUUAAAGAAAUUCGAUGAGGGACGAGCCGAAUUUAGUGAGAAAUUAGUAGCUGAUCAACUUAAGACUUGGAUUCAGGCUCAAAGAUUACCGCUUGUGAGUGAAUUCACACAAGAUACUGCACCAAUUAUCUUCGGUGGUGAUAUUAAAUCACACAAUCUCCUAUUCAUUUCAAAAGAAAGCUCUGAAUUUGAGAAACUAGAGAAAGAGUUCCGCGCAGCUGCGAAGAAAUUCAAGGGCAAGGUUCUUUUUGUCAUCAUUAAUACGGACGUGGAAGACAAUGCUCGUAUUCUGGAAUUCUUUGGUCUCAAAAAGGAAGAUUUGGCAGCACUGAGAUUGAUCAGUCUAGAGGAGGAUAUGACUAAAUACAAACCCGAAUUCAAAGAAAUUACAGCAGAAAAUAUUAUACAGUUUACAGAAAUGUAUCUUGCUGGUAAAUUGAAAUCACAUCUAAUGACUCAGGAUAUUCCCAGUGACUGGGAUAAGAAUCCAGUAAAGGUACUAGUUGGGAAGAACUUUGACGAUGUCGCAAAGGAUUCCAAGAAAAACGUCAUUGUGCUAUUCUACGCUCCAUGGUGUGGACACUGCAAACAACUUAUGCCAACAUGGGAUAAGUUGGGUGAAAAAUAUAAGGAUCAUGAUACUAUACUGAUUGCUAAGAUGGAUGCAACAGCAAAUGAAGUGGAAGAUGUUAAAGUGCAGUCAUUCCCAACAAUUAAGUUCUUCCCUGCCAGUUCUAAUAAGAUAAUUGAUUUUACCGGUGAAAGGACAUUGGAAGGGCUGACGAAAUUUUUGGAAAGUGGAGGUAAGGAUGGUGCUGGUUUAUCAGAUCAAGAGAAGGCAGAAGCCGAAGCAGAAAAUGAAGAUGAAGAAGCACAGCAUACUGAAUUGUGA